GUCACAGGGCGAAUUUCGACUUUUGCAUUUAUUUUGACAGUUCAUAAAUAAAAAUAAACACAAAAUGAAAAAAGUUUCGUAUUUUUCCAUCGAAUCGUUGAAUAUUAUUUAAAAAAUGCCGAAAACCAUGGAUAUUUCUAUUGUUUCAACUGCAGAACUGGAAAACCCCUUCGAGUGCGCCGACAUCAAGACUGAACCACCGGAUGAUUUAAUAGCGGAAUCGGACGUUGGUUUUCCGCAGCUUUCGAGGAAAGUGUACAGCAUGGCUGAAGCAGCGGUACAAACAUCCCGCCGUAAGAAUAUAAACCGUGGCGUUCAGGUGGAUCUUCAGUUGAUUCCGAGGGAAGUGCUAGGAAACAUUCAAUCCGGAAGCUAUGUGGAAGAACCACUAGGACCGCUUCUGGCAAAGGAGGCUUUUGAAAAACAGUGUCGUAUCUGCUUGCGAGAGUUUUCCGGAUCCAGUUUAGCCUACAUAAUGUUUCCUCAGAAAACGAAAAUCCUAGCGGCGCUGGGGAUCAAAGUUUAUUUGGGUGAUGCCUAUCCUUUUAUUUGCCGAACGUGUUCAAAGCUGGUUGAUAUGAUUUAUGACUUCCGGAAUACUUGUUUGAGGGCUCGAAAUUUGCUGGCAAACGAAAGGAGGUCGAUUCCUGGGAAGAGCUGGGACAGCGAUGAGAAUCUGCAGAUCAUUGAAAACUGUAGGGUGAUGCUGGAAUCGCAUCGGUUCGAUAUCGAUGCUGCUUAUCUAAAAUCAACAAAAAGUUUUAACAAAAAGACAAAAAUUGAUUCUGGAUCGGACGAUGCUAGAGUAAAACCAGAGUCCAUAGCGGUGAUCAUGGUAGAUAAUGUGGAUGAAGAGUUAUUGGAGCCCAUAUCAGUAGAAGAAAGUUACGAGCUUGAGCCGAGCAGUAGUAGCUCGAGAGUGUUAGCUUUGAAGGUGGAACCAGUUUUAUCGGAUCGGAGCACCAGUUCUUUGGGAAAUUGUGAGGACGUUGAGGAUGAAGACUACAGUCCUCCGUCUGGGUCGGAAUCGGAUGAAAAGUUUGUUCCUAUUCCGUCUCCACCGCCGAAGAAAAAGCGUGUGCGGAUUGUAACAAAACCGUACAAAAAGCGUCAGAAGAAGGAGAAACCCCUAGACGAGAAUGAGGAACUAGCUUUGGAGGAUGCUCAGGAUGGAAAGAAAAAGAAAAAUGUGAAAGAUCCGAAACGAUCUCGGCGUGGAGCGCUUUGUGAUUUUUGCGGCGAUUGGGUUGAAUACCACACCGUGGAGAGCCACCAGAAUCAGCAUUUAGGCCUUAAACCGUACGCAUGUCAAAUGGAAGAUUGCAACAUGUCCUUCUAUUGUCGAAAUUUGUUAAUGAAGCACAUUCGACGGCAGCACAAUGCUGAUGGUCCGGAAUAUCAGUAUUGCGACAUUUGUAAGCAGCGAAUCAAAGGGCCUAAGGCGGCCCUUACCAAGCACCAGAGGAUCCAUACUGAGGAGAAAAACUAUGUUUGUGCUGUCUGUGGUAAAGGAUUUACCACACCGGGGUAUCUGCGACAGCAUUCCAACAUCCAUACGGAUCUGAUGCCGUACGAGUGCAGCGUCUGCCGUCGAAAGUUCAACAACAAGUACAACAUGUUGACGCAUGAGAAGAAGCACUUUGUGAAGGGUGAAACGUCGGUGGCUUCGGAUAAUCCUUCCGAUGUGUCGUUCCAGUCGGAAUCGAUACCAGCAAACAUACCUCAUUAUACGGGGUACCAGUGACAUCAACUGCAACGUUAUAAGUAUGUUGAUUUUUAAGUUGAAGCCAUUAUUAUUUUUAAUCGGUUUUGUAAAUAGACAAUGUCAAUAAUUUUA